CGAUCGAACCGGUGUGCUGUGUGUAUGUACCACACGAUUAGUAGAUUCGGCUAGGUUCAAUCUAGGUGCGCGCGCCCCCGCAGAGUGUAGUAGUAGUAUUAGUAGUAGUAGUAGUAGUGGUAGUAGUAGUAGUACGUGUACCGUGCACACGGGCCCAGAGCUUCGCCAACCGAUCCCAUACCCCAGACCCGCGACUAGACCAGUGGCUUCGCGGGCGCGCCAAUCGUGAAUCCUGAUCCUGAUCCUGAUCCUGGUAUCCCCGCGCGCGCGUGUGUGUGUGUGCGUGUUAUUGCCACUUCCGGCCCUGUAAGCCGCCUCCUUUCCUGUGUGAAACUACAUCCUGGCCACACCGCCUGCUGGCUGCUGGGUAACUGCGACGCGCUGUGCUGCCAGGGACGGUGUCGGACGGUGGCGUCCGACCCACCGACACCAACCAGGUGUGCGCUCAUUCGCUAAGCGCUCAGCGAGUCAGCGGGACAUAUUCUUACGGGGAAGACGAGCGAAGGCAGCGAGCAGAAAACACGCCGAAGUGCCACCAUCGGCAGACCAUCGAAGGCAGACAAUGGCGACGGGAACCGGGGGCCGUCUCUGGCAGGCGCUGGUUGUGCUCGGGCUGGCACUGACGCUACCGCUGGUCGACGCCAACCGGGAGCACAAGGUACACAACAUCGUGCUCUACCCGAACAAGCAGUCCUGGUGCACGACGCGCAACAUCAGCCAGGUGAUCGCCGAGCCGGGCUGCCGGCAGGUGACGAUCGACAACAACGUGUGCGUCGGGGCGUGCUUUAGCUACUCGAUACCGCACACGGAACCGUCCGACCCGGGCGAGAUCAUCGGACCGUACUGUGACUCGUGCCAACCGUCGGAGGUGUCGUACGUAUCGGUGAAGGUGGAUUGCACGGAGAACCCGAACGGGAAGACACCGUACCUUUCCAAGCACAUCCAGCUGAUACACAACUGCUCGUGUACCGCUUGCGAGGAGCAGUCGAAACGGCGCCCGGCGCUCGCCGAAACCGGAGACCAGUCGCAGGAGACUUCGGCCUCUGGCGAGCAACCAGUGCAUCAUCCGAUGGUGCAGCAGCAACAUCAUCAGAAACAUGAGGAGCAGCAGCCGGCGCCACAACACCAGCAGCAGCAGCAGCAGCAGCAGCACCACCACCAACCGCAACAGCAGCAGGAGCAACCCCAAGCGCAGCUGCAGUCGCAGUCGGCGGAGGACCGGAGCGACCCGACCCACAGUGACACGAUCCAGGACGACAUACCGGAGAUCCUGGAGGUGGUGCACUACAGCGAGAACGACACGGAACCGAUCCGGCUGACGCCGCUGCACGACUUCCAGUCGCACACCGGUGGCACCACGUACCUGCAGCAGCAGCAGCUCAACCACUACGAGCACAACAGCCACACGGACAACGUGAAGCGGCUGCUGCACCAGAAGAUCACCAAGCUGCUCCGGUCGAUCAAGGCGACCAACUCACCCGCCGACCGGGAGCAGCUGGUCGAGAUGAUCCGGCUGAUAAAGGGCACGAGCGACCGGAACUGGGAUGAGCUGGUCGUGAGCCUGCAGUCGGAGAACUCGAUCCUCGACUUUAACCGGCUGCGGACGGAGCUGGUGGAGGAACCGGAGGAGGAGCCGGCAGGGCUGGUGUCGGGUAUCGAUAACGCUGCCGACGCCGCCGCCGCCGCCGGCGCCGCAGCCGCCACCGUUGCGGUGGCGGAUUCCACGAACACGCUGCCCGCUAGUUCGGAAGAGGAACCGAUUCCGGAUUUGUCGGCCUCGGCCACUAAGAAAAGUGACAGUAUCGAUGACGUCGCCGUCGCCGGCACCGCCGCCGCCGGAGAGAACGAUCAUCGACGGCUAAUGCAGCACCAGUUCGAUGCGGUACGCCACCGCGCGGCCCAACCGGCACCAGCGGAGCCCGCUGCCCGCGAGGAUCACGGGCACGCCUCGCCUCAACAGCAGCAGCAGCAGCAGCAGCAACAUCUACACCAGCACCAGCACCACACGGUUGGAGAGCGUAUCGAUGCGCACCAUCACCUGGCGCGCGGUCCACACGGGGCGCUAGUGAUCCGGGCGGACGCGGCCGAUCAGGAGGAGCUGCGGAGCCACCAGAACGGGCACGAGGUGCAAGAAAAGAUCAACAUCCACGCCCACGAGCUUAAACCGAAUCUGGCCGGGCUGGUCGUCACCUACGAUCACCACCGGGGCGAGCGACACCAUCAUCACCAUCAGCACCACCAGCUGACGACCGGCGGGCUAGAGGGCGCCGGGCUCGGCUCAGCAGCAGGAACCGAGCAGCAAGGGCCGCCAGCCGAGCACCAGGGCUCCGAGCACCGUUCGCACCCGCACCACACCCAGCACCAGCACCACCAGGCGCACGGUUACCAUCCGCACGGACCACACCAUGGGCAUCAUCGCGAAACGGGCCACCAACAUCACGGCAGCCAGGCAGCGCCCCCCGGCAACGAGGCGUUGUCACCGACAUCGCCGCCGGCUGCGAGCACGGGUGAAGCCCAACGCAAGUAGUAACAAGUAGGUCCCACCCUACCAGCCGCUAGCAGCGCUGCCCUGCUGCCACCCGUUACUAUGAACCCUUUCUUCUGCUUUACUCUAUCGAUUUCACUCGUUCACUCUCUGGCCUUCUAUCAUACACACACACACACCGCCUACCACCACUCCCGAUUGCGGCUCCAAGAGAGUUCCUCAGAGCCAACCCUCAGAGGGUGAUCGGCCGCGAGGGCACGUGUGUGUGUGUGUGUGUGAUUUAUUAGAAAUAUACGAAUAUUGUAUACAGGAUUUAUUUUCAAAUUGAAAAGUACUUCACCGAGGAAGUUCCCGUGAACCUAAAAGCCUCGCUACUUCAUAAGAGUUAGGUUUGAGGUUUCUAGUCGAUAGUCGCCUGCUAGAUGUCGGCCGUCGCCGAACGGUCGCCGGUGGUCGCUGGUGGGUUGGCGCGGCAGGUGGGUGAGCUAUAAAAGGAGAAAAAAAACGGGAAAAGAGAGGGAGUAAGAAAAAAAAGAGAGAGACAGAGAACGAUGAUGGGAAUAUUAGACAGACAGCAGCGCGGUGUGUUAUUAUGGUUGUUUGUUAUAUAUAUAUGAACCGUUUUAUUUUUUACUCCAAUUUUGUUUUCUUUUUACACGCAUCAGAACAAUAGAGCAAAAACGUUGAACAAAAUCGGCAACGAAUUACACGGAACUUGUUAAACCUAGAUUGAUAUUUAUGUGUAAAAAUAUACUAUUAUUAUUAAUACCAA